CACAUGCCGAGAGGCUGGUCUGGCCAAUCUUCAUUGCAAAGUGAUUCGAGUCGCUGGCAGCAGGGUCACGACUGAAUUGCGACUGCACACAUUCCUUUAAACCUCGAGAGGUUCCUUCGCAGUCGAGAUGCUCGCCGAGGCUUGCCUCCUCUUGGCUCUUUUCUCGUCGACGCGUGUCUUGGCAGCAACCACAGGGAAACCAUACGUUGGCGCAUACUACGCAGGCUACAGCAGCCUCUCCCCCGCGAAUAUACCGUAUUCCUCGCUGAGCAAUAUCAACUUCUUUGUCGCCACAACCACUGGCAAUGGCGGCCUAUCCUUCUCCAGUACGACAGACUCGAUCAUCAACGCUACCAUCGCUGGCGCAAAGAAAACGAAUACAUCGGUCUCGCUGACCAUCGGAGGCUGGACUGGUAGCGCUUACUUCAGCUACGAUGUCGGCAAUGCAGCCAACCGAACCGCCUUUGCAAAGGUGAUCAACGCGACAGUCGCCCAUUAUGGAUUUUCGGGCGUAGACAUCGACUGGGAAUAUCCAGGUCAACAGGGCAAUUCAGGCAAUGUCAUCAGCCCGAAUGAUACAGCCAACUUUGCUCUCUUUCUGACCACGCUGCGGAGUGUCCUCGGCGCAAAGCCCAUCAUAUCUCUGGCAGUCUCAGUCGGAGGUCUUCGAGAUGCGAACGGCAACGCUCUCACGACGUAUUCGAGCUUCUUGAGCAGUGUGGACUACCUGAUGCUCAUGAACUACGAUGUCUGGGGUCCGUACGGUCAAGGUGUGUCUGGUCCGAACGCGCCUCUUUACGCUUGCUCGGCCCAGACCGGCAAUCCUUUCAGCGCUUACCAGGCAGUCCGAUACUUUACAAAGGCGGGCUGGCCAGCAUCGCGUCUCAUUCUGGGCGUACCCUCAUACAGUCAUGCCUUCAGCACCAGCGGGACCAGCCUGACCUCCACCAAAUGUGGCACAACGACAUCUUACCUUUACCAGAGUGGACCCGUCAGCAAUACCGCGGCAGCAAAUGCGCUCGACGAGUCUACAUUUGCUGCUCUGAUCUCCGGAGGAUAUCUCAAUAGCGCGGGCACAGCCGGCGCAAAUGGAUACACACGGGUACUGGACACAAACAGCUCGACACCAUUCUUGUUCAACAGCAAGGCUGAGAUUCUCAUCAGCUAUGACGACGCGCAAUCGAUGGGACUCAAAGGCACUUUUGCUAAGCAGAACGGCCUGGCUGGUCUAUCGAUGUUCGAGUUGAGCGGCGAUACACCAACUCACACUCUACUCAAUGCUUAUCGUAGCGCUUUCCUUCCGAGCGCUACGACCACGACGUCCAGCACAACCACAGUCAAGACGACUGCAACGGCAACGAGCUCAAAAGUGACCACGAGCGCAACGCCCGCUGCCGCAGUCAAACGGACUCUCUCUCGCAUUGCCAAGAGACUUGCGUUUGCCAUCAUACCUGCGCCGAGCCCGGGCUUUGCCAUCAUACCUAUCACGCCCAGCCGGUCUUCACCAUCGCAAGGUGUCUCCAUCGCAUCUGUCGAACAUCCCACUUGGCGCUUCGGCCCUCUGGGUUCUCUCUUAUCGCAAAUCGCUCAAGAGCUUGGCAGCUUGUAAGUUGUUACGUAACAUCACCAAAAGGUCACUUGUUGGCACACUUGUAUAUCACACGGGAUGUAGAGUUGCAUAAAUUACAACGUGAAGGAC